AAGCCAGCGUAAACUAGAUCAUUCCCUCGCAAUUUCGUAGGUUCAAAAACCUUUUCCAGCUACACCGAGUCACCGACUCGAAAACCACUCACUCGCUCACGCUCUCUCUCACUCAACUGAGUCUCCGUCGCUCCGACUAAUCAGUGUCACUUUCGAUGCCAUGAAUUUGAGCUACGAACAGAGGCUUCAGGUUGUUGCAAAAAUCAUACUCGACAGCGACGCACGCUCUGGCGACGCGCCGCCAUGUCAGGAAGAGUUUGGGCUCACGGCAACGCUCAAGCCCCACCAGGUGGAAGGGUUGGCGUGGCUCAUACGGAGGUACAAACUCGGCGUCAACGUUGUCCUCGGGGAUGAGAUGGGACUGGGCAAGACUUUGCAAGCUAUCUCCUUUUUAAGCUAUUUAAAAGCAUGCCAGUUGUCACUCGGACCAUUUUUGGUUAUAUGUCCUUUAAGUGUGACAGAUUGUUGGGAGUCAGAGAUAGUCAAAUUUACCCCUAAACUAGCAGUAUUCAAAUAUGUUGGCGAUAAAGAAUACAGGCGCAAUCUACGCAUGAAAAUGCAUGAACAUGUAAUGCAGCAGUCUUCAACAGUGAAUGUCCUGUUGUCUUUUGAUGUGCUGUUAACUACAUAUGACAUUGCACUGAUGGAUCAGGAUUUUCUUUCUCAAAUACCAUGGCAGUAUGCAAUCAUUGAUGAAGCUCAAAGACUGAAAAACCCAUCAAGUGUUUUAUUUAAUGUUCUCAAAGAUCGGUAUAUAAUGCCAAGACGGUUGUUGAUGACUGGCACGCCCAUUCAAAACAACCUUUCUGAAUUGUGGGCGUUGAUGUAUUUUUGCAUGCCUUCUGUCUUUGGUACACUGGAUCAGUUCCUUUCUACAUUUAAGGACAUCAGUAAUCAUGCAUCAGUUCUUGAUGCUCCAAUGGUAAAGGAGCAACUUAAAAUUCUAAGAAAUGUACUGGGAGCCUUUAUGCUUCGACGUACCAAAUCAAAGCUUAUGGACUCUGGAAAUUUAGUUCUGCCUCCUCUCACUGAGACAACUGUGUUAGUACCCCUUGUCAGCCUGCAGAAAAAGGUUUACAGGUCAAUAUUGAGGAAGGAACUUCCUAAGUUACUUGCACUUUCUUCUGGAACUUCAAAUCAUCAAUCACUACAGAAUAUUGUGUUACAGCUAAGAAAAGCAUGCAGCCAUCCUUAUCUCUUUCCUGGUAUUGAGCCUGAACCUUAUGAAGAAGGUGAACAUCUAGUUCAGGCUAGUGGUAAACUGCUGAUUUUGGACCAACUUCUUGAGAAGCUUCAUUAUUCUGGACAUCGUGUCCUCCUUUUUGCUCAGAUGACUCAUACACUUGACAUUUUGCAGGAUUUUCUGGAGUUGCGGAAGUAUUCUUAUGAGCGUCUUGAUGGAUCAAUUAGGGCUGAGGAGCGCUUUGCUGCUAUAAGAAGUUUUAGUAGCCCAUUAGCUAAUAUGGGCUUGAAUUCUGAAGCUAACCAAAAUGGAGCUUUUGUUUUUAUGAUCUCCACAAGAGCUGGGGGAGUUGGUUUGAAUCUUGUGGCUGCUGAUACUGUUAUAUUCUUCGAGCAAGAUUGGAACCCUCAGGUUGACAAGCAAGCUUUACAAAGAGCACAUAGAAUCGGCCAGAUGAACCAUGUAUUGUGUAUAAACCUUGUUACAGAAUGUACAGUGGAGGAAGUAAUUAUGCGGAGGGGAGAGAGAAAAUUGCGGCUGAGCCUCAAUGUUACAGGUGAUAAUAUUCUGAAACAUGAAGAUAAGGAACAAUCUGAAGCCGGAACUGGUGAUUUGAAAUCCAUCAUAUUUGGGUUACAUUUAUUUGGUCCCGCUGAGAUCAAUGAGGGAAAAUGUACGGACAUGGACUUUCGAGAAAUUAAUGCUAUGGCUGACAAGGUGAUAGCUAUGCGUGAUGAACAAAUAUUUGACAAGGAUGAAAGGAAAUUUGAGGUCAAUCCAAGAAGCAUUCUAAAAGGAUAUGAUGUUAAGGAAGGAGAUUCUGCUUCUCUCUCUUGUGAUCUUGGUCUUGAUGAGGCUUCAUAUCUUUCUUGGGUUAAAAAGUUUGAGCAAGUGUCUAAAUCAAAUUGUGAUUCAACCAUGGACUUGAAGGGCAGAAGAAACUUAGAUGAGGAAAGGAGUCUAAAACUUGAGUCUGCAAGGAAGAAGGCAGAGACAAAGCUGUCUAAGUGGAAAGCACUUGGAUACCAGUCAUUAUCUGUAGAAGAUCCUAUAAGCCCACCAGAUGGUGAUAUUACAUCAGCUACUGGGUCUGUUCAUUUUGUGUAUGGAGAUUGUACAGCUCCAUCAAAUGUUUGUUCAUCUGAACCUGCUAUAAUAUUCAGCUGCCUUGACACCUCUGGACAUUGGGGCCAUGGUGGAAUGUUUGAUGCACUGGCCAAACUUUCUUCGACCAUUGGUGAUGCAUAUGAAAGGGCUUCUGAACAUGGGGAUCUGCAUCUUGGUGAUCUGCAUCUUAUAAAGCUCGAUGUUGUUGAUGGAUGUGAUGAACAAAAUAUGGAAGGAAAUGCUCCCAAAAUGGUUGCUUUAGCUGUGGUUCAAUCUUAUAAUCCAAGGCGCAAAGUCCCUCGCAGUGAAAUCUCACUUCCCCACUUGGAAAGCUGCUUAUCAAAGGCCGCGUUCUCAGCUGCUCAAAAUUCUGCAUCAAUACACAUGCCGCGAAUUGGUUAUCAAGAGGGAUCUGAUCGUUCCGAGUGGUAUACGAUAGAACGGCUACUGAGAAAAUAUGCUUCCAUUUAUAACAUCAAUAUAUAUGUAUAUUAUUAUCGAAGAGCACAUUAAGUCUUCAGGCUUACUAAACUUCCUUGACUCUAGGAUGGUUCUGGCAGAUACAAUAUUGAAGUGCUGUUUUAGUUCUUGGUUAUGCAUCCAUGCAUGUAUGUGUAUCACAAAAUCAUUUUACCCACGUGAAACAGCUUUAAUAAUUUGCAAAUUCUUGUAAGUUUAUAUUGGAGAUUAAAAAAAUAUAUUAAUAUAUAUUUAUAUUUUACAUGUACGUCUUUCUUGCUAUUAUUCAAACAAAAUUGUAAUUAGACUUGACAGAUUUGUGUCAAUCACCAUUACAAUAUGUCAAUAUUCUACUAAUGGAUUGAAGAU